AUGAGACGUUUUGAUAUUGUCAAGGAAAAAGAAAGCACAUAUUGGACAAACGGUUUUUUAAGAAGAGUAGUGGAAGUAAUUAAGUUUUUGGCCGAAAGGGGACUAGCGUUUAGAGGCGAUAAUGAAAUACAUGGUGAUCCUAGUAAUGGCAAUUUUCUUGGGUGUAUCGAUCUCUUAGCCAAAUUUGAUCCGUUUCUAGAAGAACAUGUAAGAAGAUACGGUAAUCCAGGCCGCGGAAAAGUAUCAUAUUUAUCCUCCACAACGUAUGAAGAACUAAUAAUUUUACUGGGGUCAAAAGUAUUGGAAAAAAUAGUUACAGAAAUCAAAGAAGCCAAGUAUUAUGGAAUCACUGUGGAUUCUACACCUGACGUUAGCCAUACGGAUCAACUCUCCAUAGUUAUUAGAUAUGUCUCAAAAACUGGAGAUAUAUAUGAAAGAUUUUUGAUGUUUGUUAAAAUAGAAAAACAUGAUGCCAAGUAUCUUUUUGACACUCUAAUUUCAGUUUUAGAAAAUCAGGGAAUAGACCCAAAAUUUUGCAGAUGUCAGUCUUAUGACAAUGCGGCUAAUAUGAGCGGAGUGUAUUCGGGAGUACAAACUAGAUUUAGGGAAAUCAACAGCGCAGCCACUUGGGUACCAUGUGGAGCUCAUAGUCUUAAUCUAGUUGGCACAGCGGCGGCAGAAAGCUGCUUAGAAGCUAGACCAGAAUGGUCAGCACGUUAUGAGGCUGUAAAAACAUUAUGUGCCCAUUAUGAUGAUAUACGUGGUAUUCUUACAAAUAUUUCAACUAGUGAAGGUAUGAAACCUACAACAGUGAUUGAGGCACAAACCUUAAUCCAUCAAAUGAAUACUUUUGGAGAUGAUUUCUUUGCCCCUGAUGAAGAGGGAUAUGUACCUGUAUGCCCAUGA